AUGGACGUAGCAGCCAGAGUCAGCCACCCCAACUUGCUGCGUUUCCUCGGAGCCAGACUGGAGGGAGGCAUGGCCAUUCUGACAGAGUUCAUGCCGACUAGUCUCAGAGCUCUGGUCAACAGACGUCCACGACAACGUCUUCCUCUGGAACACGUCCUCUCCAUCGCAAUUGACGUGGCCCGUGCCCUCAACUACCUCCACAACAUGAGCCCCGACCCCAUCAUCCACAGGGACCUCAGCAGUGCCAACGUUCUCCUCCAGCCCUCUCCCGACGGAGGCUGGCUCGCCAAGGUCUCUGACUACGGCACCGCCAACUUCCAGAGUCAGCUUCAGACCGUGAAUCCCGGCAGUCCAGUGUACACUGCCCCCGAGUCCCACGACCCUGCUCUCCAGACACCCAAGAUGGACAUCUACAGUUUCGGCGUGCUCCUGGUGGAGAUGUAUACGUGUGAUUUCCCUGCUCCUGAACGUCGUGCUGAGCUGAUGGAGUCCAUCGACCACCCCAGACUCUUGAACCUCAUCCGACAGUGUCUGAACGUAGACAGAGAUCGACGUCCGACAGCUGCUCAACUGGUGGACCUCCUGCACGCCAUGCAGUGA